CAGCGCAGAGCUCGCCGGGCUCUGUAACAGGAGGACAGUGUGACUGGAGGGGCAGGCAGUCCAGCCAGCGCUGACUGAGCACACACUGAACACAUAACACCCAGAGGAGGGAGAGAGGGAGGGGAGCUGGGAGUCACACGCACGCCGAAUAACUUGCUGCCUGUCAAUCGCAGAGGAAGCCAUGGACAGUGAUGAUGAAAACGUGGAGGAGACGGUGGAAGGUCUUUUGGAUGACGACGGCUUGCCCCAUGGUUUCUGCACUGUCAGUUACAGCUCCACUGACCGCUUUGAGGGACACUAUGUUCAUGGAGAGAAAAAUGGUCGUGGAAAGUUUUUUUUCUUUGAUGGCAGCACUUUAGAAGGAUUUUAUGUGGAUGAUGCAUUACAAGGCCUUGGUAUUUACACGUAUGAGGAUGGAGGGGCCCUCCAUGGAACAUAUGUAGAUGGAGAGCUGAAUGGGCCAGCUCAAGAGUAUGACCCAGAUGGAAAACUGAUCUUCAAAGGCCAAUACAAAGACAACAUUCGACAUGGCAUCUGUUGGAUCUACUAUUCAGACGGAGGAAGCCUUGUCGGGGAGGUGAAUGAAGAAGGAGAGAUGACCGGAGAUAAAAUAGCCUAUGUUUACCCCGAUGGAAGGACAGCGCUCUAUGGAAAGUUUAUUGAUGCAGAAAUGUUAGAGGGAAAAUUGUGCUAUCUCACAUCAGAAGAAGAAGGAAAACCUCACUUUGAAAUGGUCCCUGGUGGCAAAGUUUAUAAUUUUGAUAAAUCUACUCCAAAUUGUAUUUCUACGAAUCCUUUGCUGCCUGAUCCAUAUGAGUCAGUAAGGGUCUAUGUUGCAGUUUCACUCAUUUCUAAUGCUGGAGAAGGUCUCUAUGCUAAAACAGCAGCUAAGGCCCAUACUGUGAUGUCCUUUUACAAUGGUGUACGGAUUACUCAUCAAGAGGUCGACAGCAGAGAUUGGUCUUUGAAUGGCAACACAAUCUCUCUAGAUGAGGAAAGUGUCCUGGAUGUACCAGAGCCCUGCAAUAUGCCCACCAGAUAUUGCGCCUCUUUGGGCCACAAGGCUAACCAUUCAUUCACACCUAAUUGCAUGUAUGACACGUUUGUCCACCCUCGCUUUGGACCCAUUAAGUGCAUCCGGACCAUCGUGGCAGUGGAACAGGAUGAUGAGCUAACUGUCUCCUACGGUUACGACCAUAACUCUGCAGGGAAAAAUGGCCCAGAGGCCCCGGAAUGGUACCAGCAACAACUGACAGCUUUUCAGGUCAUGGAGCAGAAGUGAAGUUGCAACUGUUUCCAUUGCUUUGGGUUAAAGGAUCUAUGCAUCAGAUAUGUUACUGGCGACUGAAAACCCAAUGUUACUUCAGAUUUACAACCGUUUGGACGUCUGGUUGAUCGAUCUCUAGCUAGUAGAUAUAAUUUAGUCUUGUAGUGUUGUGACUGCAAAAGA